AUGUCUGGUGUACAGAUACUGCUUUUCCUGCAGAGCCUGACACGCAGGAAACCUCUGGAGCCUGAAGGAGAGGUGUCAAACUUUCGACGAUGCCUGACCACACUUGACUUGGUGGCUCUGGGGGUUGGCAGCACACUAGGGGCCGGUGUGUAUGUGCUGUCAGGAGAAGUGGCCAGAACAGUGGCUGGACCGAGUAUCAUAAUCUCCUUCCUGAUAGCCGCAGUGGCCUCUGUCUUUGCGGGACUGUGCUAUGCUGAAUUUGGAGCUCGUGUUCCCAAAACUGGCUCAGCCUAUCUCUACAGCUAUGUGACUGUGGGAGAGAUAUGGGCUUUUAUCACUGGCUGGAACUUGUUGCUGUCUUAUGUUAUAGGGACAUCAAGUGUAGCCAGAGCAUGGAGUGGGACCUUUGAUGACCUCAUUGGAAAUGUCAUUGCCAAGUCUCUGGGGAAACAGGCUGCCAUGGAUUUACCUGGAUUAGCUCCCUACCCAGACUUCUUUGCAGCUGGACUAAUAAUGCUUUUGGCAGGAAUCCUUGCAUUCGGCGUUAAAGAGUCUGCCAUUGUAAACAAGGUUUUUACAGCAGUUAACGUCAUAGUGUUGCUGUUUGUUAUCCUCUCUGGCUUCAUAAAGGGAGACAUUGACAACUGGUACAUUGGUGAAGAUUUUCUCCUAAAUGCAUAUGAGUAUGGACUCCUAUUUUUCAAGACACCAAACUACACCUCAAUAAAUGAAACUAUCAGAUAUGGCAGUGGGGGAUUUUUCCCUUUUGGUUUUGAGGGGACAAUAGCAGGAGCAGCUACUUGCUUUUAUGCAUUUGUUGGAUUUGACUGCAUCGCCACAACAGGAGAAGAGGUUCAGAACCCUCAGAAGUCGAUCCCUCUUGGCAUCGUGGCAUCCCUCCUCAUCUGCUUCCUGGCUUAUUUUGGUGUAUCUGCUGCCUUGACUCUGAUGAUGCCGUACUAUUUGCUCAGUGCUAACAGCCCACUGCCUGUGGCCUUUACAUACAUUGGCUGGGGCCCUGCAAAGUAUGCAGUGGCUGUGGGAUCCCUCUGUGCACUGUCAACAAGCCUGCUAGGCUCAAUGUUCCCGAUGCCCCGUGUGCUCUUCGCUAUGGCCAGGGAUGGACUUCUCUUCAGACCUCUCAGUAAAAUGAGUGACAGACAAAGUCCUGUCAUAGCUACACUGGCUUCAGGGGUUGUAGCAGCUAUCAUGGCGUUAUUGUUUGACCUGAAGGCACUGGUUGACAUGAUGUCCAUUGGAACGCUAUUUGCCUACACACUUGUUGCAAUAUGUAUUCUCAUAUUAAGGUACCAAACAGAUCUCAGUGAGGAUUCAAUCUUUCUGGCCAUUAUCCUAAGCAUAUUCAUAUCCAGGGCUAUGGACUCCCUGCAGGCCCUGGAUUGGUGGAGUCUGCUCUGUGUAUCUGUGACCAUACUGAUGCUGGUCCUCAUUAUCCUGAUUAUCUGCAGACAACCACAGAGUACAACAAAAGCUGCUUUCAUGGUUCCAUUUGUGCCGUUGCUUCCUAUAUUCAGCACCUUUGUCAAUGUCUAUUUAAUGGUUCAACUUGGAUCAGACACAUGGAUCCGCUAUGCUGUGUGGAUGGCAGUAGGUUUAAUAAUCUACUUCGGCUAUGGUGUUCAUCACAGUGUGCAGAAACAAAGACUUCAAAAUUUACACAACCACGUCAGCAUUCACAGCAUCACCACCACUAUGGAGCAAAACUUUGAACCUGGACAAGAUUUUGAUGGCUAG